AUGUUCAAUCCUUCAGCGGGUAGGCCUCGUGCUUCCGACUCCGACCCAGAACCUUCGUAUGGCUUCACCGACCAAGCCUGGCCCAAAUUCGGCCUCAACCCUUCGAAUCCUUCCUCGAUAGACCCUUCGCAGCCAUCUCAUGCCUCGGGGCGCAAUUUCUCCUCCCUUAUGGGCAUGGACUGGGCACCCUCCCCAUCCGACAUGCAGCACAGCUUUCAGCACCAAGUUGACGAUGCUUCCAACGAUGUGGACAUGGACAUGAGCCCGCACCAGGACGGCGGAGGCGUUGGCCGCUUGGUUGCGCAUUUCGAAAACAAAGGCUUCGCCCCGCCACUUCCUCCGAGACCCUCCAACACCGUCACAAGUCCUAUGACCUCGAACCCGCCUGUGUCGUCGCCGUUUGGGAGUUUCUCUGUCGCAUCCCACCAUGUCGCAAGCCCCCUCAACAAUUCAUCCGAGGUCAACUACUCCUCUCUGGACGGCCCGUCACGAGUGACCAGUCCAAUUGCCAGCCCGCCGCCCAUGUCUUAUGGUGGAUUCCAUCAUGGUAUGCAUCAAGCAACCAGUCCCGUUGCUGGUUCAUCUUCUGGGCAAUAUGGAAGCAUGGACAGCUUCAUGGUCAAUCAUCGAGUGCAUAAUCCCAUGACCAUGUCCUCGAUGGGAACGUCUCCCAUGAUCACAUCUCCUAUGGUCGGAAAUUCAAUGGCGACAUCGCCCAUGACCUCAACGCCCAUGAUGGCAUCCCCCAAGGUCACAUCUCCAGCGCCUACCACCCCGGGCGUACCAGGGACGCCUGGAUUUGCCAUCUGGCGACCUCCUGUCCCAAUGACCCCCAAGCCACUCAUUGAUCAGUCUCAGUUUAGCAGUAAUACUGUCAAUACUGGUGGAUACUUUACCAAACCACCCAUUCCUUCCACUCCUAAGCCAGUGAUGAAUGCUGGAAGCCAGCUCGUCCUGGACUUCAACUCUAGCUCCAACGCUCGAGGCAAAACCCCUGUCAGAGCCCCAUCAAAGCAACCGACAAGACAGCCGGUACGACAACCGUCCAGACAACAACUGCCUAUGCCUACACCUCCCGCAUUCAGUCCUUCUCCAAAGCAAGAACCGCAGACGCCCCAGUUGCCUCGGGCGUCUCCAUCCAUUUCCCUACCCGCCGAACGACGUCCUUCGAUGUCUCUCCGCCCCCAGACAGGAACUCGACCGUCACGGGAACAGGUUCCUGCUGAAGCUUGGGAGUCAUUCAAAUCGACUAUCCGAGCCCUCUAUCUUGAGGAGAGGAAACCCCUCAAGGAAGUCAUGUCCAUCAUGGCCGACAAGUACGGGUUUCAGGCGACUCCGAAAAUGUACAAGACACGGUUCUCGCAGUGGGGCUUCGUUAAGAACAACACCGAAGAUGAAGUCAAGAGACUACUGUCCAUGAAGUUCCAGCGUGACGCUGAGGGCAAGGUGUCUGAGUUCGUUCGAAACGGGAAAGUCGUAAAUCUGGGCACUUAUCUGAAGAGGAAGGGUGUAACGGAGUAUGACUUGAUUGAUUUCGAGCAACCAGCCGAUCUCCCAGCCCACAUUCGAUGCCGAACGCCAACCCCCCCGCCGGCCACUGGAUAUCUUCAAUCCCCCGAUCUUCUCAGGGCUCAAGAGACCGUCAUCGGCAACAUGAGGAAGGCUUUCCUGCAGUGCCGGCAAUUUGAGGUGGAGACUGACACCCAAGUUGGGUGGACAACGAUUGUGGUAUGGGGAGCCGGGUCGAGCGAGCUGUUAUUGGAAGCCAACCACUAUUUUGAGAUGAGGGACGCCGACCAGGGAGGCCACUACCUGAUGAUGGCUUUCAAACAGCUCGAGGUGGAUUUGAAGAAGCUGUCGCCACAGGGCAUCAAGGAGCUCCUUCUAGGAAUGGUUCAUCGCGACCCCGGCAUGAUGACCGCGCUGUGCAAGUAUCUCGCGGCAUAUUCGACGACGAACUUCGAACGAUCUCAUCCUCUCCGGCAAAUAUUCACCUGUCUGUAUGAAGUUCAGCAAAAGCAUGGCCCUGGGACGCUGUCGGAUCUCUUAUGGGGCAGCAUCCCCACGAUCGCCGAGGAGCUGGAAGCCAUCUACGGCCGGCGACAUCCAUAUGUUGCACGCACAUGGAUUGAUCUGGCCACCUUCUACAACCAUGUCAACCCCGAGCGGUUGGAGAAGUUGGUAAAUGAACUUCGACUGCUGCAGCGGCAGAUGGAGAAUCGACUUGGCACGGAUAGUGUCGACGUCCUUGUCCUUCGACAUGCCAUUGUUCAGAUGAUGCACUCGGCAAGCCCGAACUCGGAUAGCACGAAACAAGCCGCCAUUGACCUCUGGAACCACAUUCGCAAUAUGGGGCUCGUCUUCCCUGUGCGCGACUCCCGUCCAAAUGUAUACUGCUAUCACAGUCCAGUCAAGGUCGAUCCGUGGACGAAACGAUGCCGACGACGAUAUGACCAGGGGGUGCAGUUUAUGGAAGAACAUGCAGGCGUACGAAUUCUGCCGUACUUCGAGGAGGACUUCCAUACAACGGAGCAUGCUCUCGAGCCCCAAGACUCUUGGGCGGCAGCGAUGGAGCAGCAAAUGGGAGGCUCAAAAUGGAGUUUUAUCUGA